GGAGACGGCCCGCUGACUGCGAAAGCGGCGUGACAGAGCGCGGUCAAGAGCGGCCAAGCGUGCGAUGGGCCUCAUGCAGGUUGAGUGCCCCGUGGGCGCGGGCGCCGGUCAGCGCAUCAAGAUUAUGGCAAACGGCGCCGAGUACGAGGUGGAGGUCCCGGCGGGCAUAGUUGCCGGCCAGACCUUCCAAAUUGAAAUCCCCGACGCGGCUCCGCAGUCCAGCGUGCCAAUCGCGCAGGGAGUCAUGGUGCAGCCCGACUAUGCGCAGCCAACGCCGCAGUACGCGCAACCGCCGCAGUACGCGCAACCGCCGCAGUACGCGCCACAGCCGCAAUACAUGCAGCCGCAGUCCGCAUACGCUCCCCACCCGGGCUACGCGCCGGGCGGGGUUCAGCACGUGGUGGUUCACGAGGGCCCCGCCCCUCAGUUCGUGUCCGAGCCGUACUGCGGCCCGCUCUCGCUCCUGAUCUGCCUCUUCGUGCCGUGCGGUUUCUGGAUCGGCUGCUGCCCCAUCGACGAGCGCCUCGUCCGCGUCGGCUGAGCACGGACAGAGAGUGGAGGAUUGUGCGGGGGUGCCCACCGCGGAGGUCAGUCUCUCGGUGCAUUUUUACAAACCCACCCGCAAGUGUGUCGGUAGUCUGCCGCGGUGGAGAAGUCUCUUGAUUUGUACUUAUACUUGUCGUAUAUACGGAA